AUGACCAGCAACAGCAGCCAGAACAUCAGCAGCUGCAGCACCGGCGGAAGCGACGCGGCGGUCGGCGGCGGCGGCGGCGGCAACUGGCUCGGCUUCUCGCUGUUGCCUCACAUGGCGGCGACCAUGGACUGCGCGGCCGACGGCGCCAGCGGCGUUCCGGUGCAGCAGCACCACGGAGGCCUCUGCUACCCUCCCGUCGUCUGCUCCUCGCCCGCGCCCUUCGGCUACGCUCUCGGCGGCGGCCAAGAUGGUCCCGCCAAUGCUAGCGGGGGGUUCUACCCCGGGCUCUCCUCUAUGCCGCUCAACUCCGACGGCUCCCUGUGCUUCGUGGAGGCCCUCCAUAGGAGCGAGCAAGAACGUCACGGGGUGGUGGUGUCCUCGACAUCGCCCAAGCUGGAGGAUUUCUUGGGCGCGAGCACCGCGAUGGCGCUGAGCUUGGACAGCUCCAGCUUCUACUACGGCGGCGGUCACGGCCACCACGCGCAUGGCCACGGCCACGACCAAGGCGGCUACCUGCAGCCGCUGCAGUGCGCGGUGAUCCCCAGUUCGGGCGGGCACGAAGUGUACGGCCAGCACGCCCAGCUGGUGGACGAGCAGUCCGCUGCGGCAAUGGCGGCGGCGAGCUGGUACUCAGCCCGCGGCAGCGGCGGCGGCUACGACGUCAACGGCGGCGGCGCCAUCGUGCCGUUGCAGGGCCACCCGCACCCGCUGGCCCUCUCCAUGAGCUCCGGGAAGGGGUCCCAGUCCAGCAGCAUCACCAUGCAAGUCGGUGCCCACGCCGCCGCCGUCACCGAGUACGUCGUCAUGGACGGGAGCAAGAAGCGCGGAGGCGGCAGCGCGGGGCAGAAGCAGGCCGUCGUCCACCGCAAGUCCAUCGACACAUUCGGGCAGCGCACGUCCAAGUACCGCGGCGUCACCAGGUAUCCCCAGUCCCCCUCUCCCGACCGUCCGUACGCCGUGGCCGAUGUCGUCGCUGUCGCACCCGCACCAUCCGGCGGCGCCCGUCCCGCACGAGUCGCUCACUGGCCGCGUGGUUUCCACCGUGUAAAAGCAGGCAUAGGUGGACGGGGAGGUAUGAGGCGCACCUCUGGGACAACAGCUGCAGGAAGGAAGGCCAGUCCCGGAAAGGCCGGCAAGGCGGGUAUGACAUGGAGGAGAAGGCCGCGAGGGCGUAUGACCUGGCGGCGCUCAAGUACUGGGGGAAGUCCACACGUAAAUUUCCCGAUCGAGGACUACAGGGAGGAGCUUGAGGACAUGGAGAACAUGACCAGGCAGGAGUAUGUCGCUCACCUAAGAAGGAAAAGCAGCGGGUUCUCGCGUGGUGCUUCGAUCUACCGUGGAGUGACCAGGCAUCACCAGCACGGGCGGUGGCAGGCGCGCAUCGGCCGCGUCUCCGGCAACAAGGACCUCUACCUUGGAACAUUCAGCACGCAGGAGGAGGCGGCGGAGGCGUACGACGUGGCGGCCAUCAAGUUCCGGGGCCUCAACGCCGUCACCAACUUCGACAUCACGCGGUACGACGUCGAGAAGAUCAUGGAGAGCAACACGCUGCUCCCGGGCGAGCAGGUCCGGCGCAAGAAGGACGGCGGCGCCGCCGCGGCGUUGGUGCAGGCCGGCGGCAGCUGCGUGGUGGACACCUCGAAGAUCCAGGCAGCGGCGCUGCCGGCUGCUGCCGUCGGGCGGGGCGGCGGCGGCGGCCAGCAGCAGCAACAGCACCAGGACCUGCUGUCGAGCGAGGCGUUCUCUCUGCUGCACGACAUCGUGUCCGUGGACGCUGCUGGGACGGGUGGCGGCAGCGCCAGCGCGCACACGUCGAACGCGUCGUCGCUGGCCCCAAGCGUGAGCAACUCCCGGGAGCAGAGCCCGCACCGGGGCGAUGGCGGCCUCGCUAUGUUCUUCGCCAAGCCCGCGGCGGCGGUGCCCAGGCUGGCCUGCCCGCUGCCGCUGGGAUCCUGGGUCUCGCCGUCGGCCGUGUCGUCCGCCAGGCCCGGCGUGUCCAUCGCGCACCUGCCAAUGUUCACCGCGUGGACCGACGCAUGA